ACGAGCAGGACAGAGUGGGCGUGGUGUCAGGCUCGGCGAGAGAGAGAAGCAAAACAAUCAUUUUUAUCCCCUCUUACCGGCUGCUUUUAGAGUCUGUAGAGUCGUAUUCCACACAAUACUGUUAAAUGCAUCUUAUCCUGCUCAGCACUAAAUUCGACCGAGCGCUGGUGAUUUUCCUUUAGUCACAUUUGAUCCAGGUUGAGAAUGAGUUCCAAGCGGCUCCUCGAGCAGCCUCGAGCCGGCGACAGCACGCGUGAAGGGGGCGAGCCCGUCACUGGGAAAGCGCUCAAAACAAACGCGCUGCUCGAAGCUGCUUUAACGAACUCUGGCAAGGAGAUCUCUCCAAAUGGACAUUAUUAUACCUCAUCGAGAGAGAGGCACUACAUUCACAAGAAAUUUGCAUGUGGCAGAGAGGAGGAUGAGCAGAGCUCAGGUGGGGUCCUUAAACAUGGCUGCCCUGCUCAUCGCUUGAUCCUGAAUGGCUUUAGGCUACAAGACCAAACCCACAUGGAGGCUCUGAGCCCAGUGAGAGGGCCUGGGGAGCCAGGAUAUCACCUGCCAUCUCCCGAGACACCGCACCUGCACACGUCCUCCAUCAUCCCCGUCCCACAUGACAGGAGGCCUUCUGGUCUUGCUGAUAAAGAGGUGAUGGCCGCCACCGUCCUGACCACACUGUCCACCAGCCCGUUGGUGCUCAACCCUUCCUGCAGUGCCUCAGGUGCAGAAUUGGCUGGUAAGGGCUGGAAGGAGAGCCUGUCUGCCAGCUACAGCAGCUCUACCAGUGGGAACUGGAGCUGGGACGCCAGCGACCAAUCGGUGCCCUCCACUCCGUCCCCGCCCCUCUCCAAUGAUGCCGGCAAGAGCUUCCUGCUUUCCUCCCAGAGUGAUGACAACAUUGAGGAAACCGAGAGUACACACUUCCUGUUUGAGGACCCCAUCCCCAGAAAAAGAAAGAACUCCAUGAAGGUGAUGUUUAAGUGUCUGUGGAAGAACUGUGAAAAAGUCCUCAGCACUUCCUCAGGGAUCCAGCGCCACAUCCGCACCGUGCACCUGGGGCGAAACGGAGAUUCUGACUACAGCGAUGGCGAGGAGGAUUUCUACUACUCUGAGAUCGAGGUGAACAUGGACACGCUUUCGGAGGGGCUGUCCAACCUCACGCCCACCUCUCCAACUACAUCCGGCCCGGCCCCCGUCUUCCCCGUCUUGACCUGUGAUGCGUCUCGAUCUGAGCCCGCCCGAAUGAUCCACACCCCCCUCAGCCAAUCAGCACCGUCGGCGCUGUACCAUAUCCGCACUGACCACGCUUACCAGGCUACAACCCCUGUCAGCAUUCCCAGCAUGCCCUCUGAUCCGCCUCACAGUGAGGAUAGGAUCAGUGUAUCCUUGCAGUCGCCCCCUGUCAUAUAUAAAGCUCUAUCGGGCCCGAUGACUCAGAUCCGCACUGUUAGCAUCGGUGAGAAGAGACAGCCUGUUAACCACACCACUGUUAGCAAAACACACGCCAACACCACCUCCACUGCCAAACCCACUACUGGAACCAGGAAACCGCGUGGCGAAGCCAAGAAGUGCCGAAAGGUGUACGGCAUGGAGAAGAGGGACCUGUGGUGCACAGCGUGCCGCUGGAAGAAGGCCUGCCAGCGCUUCACUGACUGAGCUUUAUCCCUUACCCCACUAUAAAACGUGCUCGUUUAUUGCGGCUGUUCCACGGACUGAGCGUCGGUGUCUCCUGCACACUCUCAGAGUGAACUUCACGAGCUGAGAUGUGUCCGUCUGAAGCAUGUGGCCUUUUUAAUGUCACUGAUUCCUCCAGGCCACAAGGGGUGCUCUUUUCUUACCGCUUUUAUAGUGGAACACUGAGACUGAUAACAGCAAAAAAAAGAGAAAAAUAAUUUUGAAAAAAAGCUUUUGCUGCAUUGCAUAUUAAGGCAAAAAGGAGCUUUUCUUAAGUAAUCCAGAAGCAAAGCAGAUUUUCCAGGCAGUUUAUUAUACUUUCAUGUUUUGCGUGCGUUCGCUGGAAUACAGCUAACGAUUUUUCACGAUUUUAAGUGUGGCAGACUUUAUACAUAGCCGUUUUUACUGUUAAAAACUCCCUAAGCUAUUUUUGAUGGGUGUUAUUUUUAACAGUUAACCCUCUUAAACCUGGUUGAACACUUACCGAGCAACUCAUCAUCAUUUAAGCUUCAAACAACUUGUUUUCGUUCCAAAUCAAACUGUUUCUGGACCUGCCGCUUCAUUUUGCCUACAAGCACUUUUUUAACGGCCAUCUCUAUUUUGAUCAAGCAGAUUACAGUUUAGCACAGCAUCGGAAACUGCAUGUUGAGCGUUUUAGCAAAUAGUCAAGAACUGUUUCAACACAUACUGCUAAAGUAAUAUCUCUAAGCGAGUGGUUAUAGUGCAGUGAAUGUAAACUGGCCUCUCUCUGCGCUAACGCACCCAAACUACUCUGUCCCUCACAGAUCAACAGCCUCUUCAUAAGCUAUGAGGUUUAUUCCUGUCAGUCCACAGUAUUAAUUCAAGGGCAGGCACUUUAACCCAGCUAACAGACAAUCUGCUGUCGAGGGAAGUCAUCCCAGUCUAAUGUGAUCCAUAAAUCAAGUGUUUUCCACACAGACACGGCGAAUUCGGCCCACAUUAUGCUUCCUAAGGAAUUAUUCGCUCCUCAUUAUUCACAUAAUUGAAAGCGCUUGCUCUGAUAACGUGUAGACGUCUUCCACUGUGCUUGCUUUCUUUCAUAUGGAGGUGAUCAUGUGCUGUCUUCAUGUAAACGGUGUGCACUGUGCUAUCUGACCCUCUCAAUAUGAGUCAAGCAGCUCUCAGCUGUUACACUGCAAACACAAAAAGAUAUACAAAUACCUAAACAUCAAGAUACAUCUGCUUGAGAAUAAAAAAUGACUUGUUUUCUUAAACAUUUAUCAGAAUUAAGUGUUUAUGCUUAAAGCAAGAACAAAAAAAAAUCUUGUUUUCCCUUCAAAUAGUUUUUUUCUCCUUCUGUUUUUAAGCAUAAAUUCACGUUUGCUAAAAGUUAUUUCUUUGUUUUUAUGUUUUUCUUAGAAAAUAAGUCAUGAUAUCCAAGUUGAUCUAUCUUAAUUUAAGGGUGUUUAAAUAUUUGUACUGGAAAACAGGACUCUCGCUGUGUGUAUGUGUGUAUAUAUAUUGCAGUGAACCCAUGAAACACUGACAAUCAUUGGACAUUUGAAUGUGAUCUGUAUCUUAAAGGAACGGUUCACCCCAAAUAAACAUUCUGUCAUCAUUUACUCAUCCUCGUGUCGUUUCAAACCUGUUUGACUCGUGUGAAACAUAAAAAAGAUAUUUUAAAAGCAUUUUUUGCCUGCACAAUUGAAGUUCUGGGGGUCAUUGUAUGACAGAAAUACCAGAUGCGGUGAAGCGUUUUAUAAAAAUAUCUCCUUUACACAAAAGAAAAAGUCAUACAGGUAUGAAACAACAUGAAGAAUGAUUGGGAUUUUGGGGUAAACUAUCCUUUUAAGGUAUCUAUAUAAAGAAACAUUUCAAAAUAUAUUUUUAUUUUUACAUUUGUUAUUUUGGGGUCAAAUUAUUCCUAUUAUUAUUAUUUAAAAAAGAAACUCUAAUUCCAACCCAAGCUGGUAGUUUUUGUUUCAAAAUAUUUUGCAGUAUUUUUCACCUUCAAGGUAUGAGAAUUAAAUCAUGUUUAAGCUUUCAUCAGAUCAACCAAAACAGCCAAUUAAAAUGUAGCAGUUCACCCAUUAAUGACGGGAAUCAAAGAAACAAUUGGGCAAAUGCCAAAUGAUCGAAUUCAUCAAUCACAGCUUAGAGCAGCUUUGUCUCGUCUUUCCCAGAGGUCAGGAAGGAAAGAGCGUCCCUCUCAAGAUCAUUACUUUCACUAAGUGCCAAUGAGAAGAACAAGAGGGAAAAUAUAUAAUUGCACUAACUUAUACUGCACAAAACGUAGAUUUUUAUGUACCCUUUUUUUACGCAGAAAUUGAAGUUUUUAAAAAGCAAUUGUUUAAUGGUUGCCUGUCGACCGACCGCCAUGGUUCUCUCAUCGGGUCAGGGAUGGGCUCUUUAGUUUAUUUUUUUUACUGACCCUGCAUCUAUAAGCUUUCUUGGCGGUACUUUGCGGACUCGUGUUGGUGCGGGGCUCGCAGUACGUGACGUCAGUCAUGUGACUGCAGGUGACUAUCAUUCAGGCUUGUUUCUAGGGAACAUCACUGUCUUGAUUCAAAUAAAGAUCGUUUCCUGUGUUCAACAUUGUGGGGGGGGUUUUCAUAGGAAAUGAAUCAUGGGAAGAUUGGGAUUUUAAGCGUCAAAAAUCAGACAGUGAUGCUUUAAAUAUAGCUUUGAUAUGAUAUAAAAUCUAUAUGAGGAUGCCUUUUUUUUGUUAAAUGUCACUGUAGUGAAUAUAACGUGUAUAUAUUCAUUGUAUAUUUUGGGUUUGGGGAAACGGGGAAAAAAGCAUCAAUGAAUGUACAAUCUACAAAAUGAAACGCCUGUAAUCUGAGUUCGUUUUAUCAAGCUUCUUUGAUUUUCUUUCAUGUCAAGUAGUUGGAACAACUCAGAGUUUUUCUUUAGUUUUCGUGUUCAGUUGGCGCUUGCAUUGAUGCGUUGUCAUUGUUUUGUGUGCAUCAUGGAGUAUGUUCUGUUGUGAGGCUGGAGGGACGUUACUCUGGAUCAUUGCGUCUUUCUGUCCUACACAUUCCCAUUGAUUGAUUUCACGUUAGUUUGUCUGUCUGUUCACCGUUAAUCCAACUUCACUGACUGCCUGUUGCUUUCCAGCCAGGAUAUUAAGCUAAACACCCAAGAAAAUGUGUAGAAACUCCUCUUUCUUUCUUUGUGACAUUUUCAUAAUGUUUCAGUGUUCAGAAAACAUCAUUAUAAUAAUCCUACUAUUCAAUACAACUUGUGCGAUUUCUCUCUUCAGAACAAGUUCUUUUGGCCUUGUUUAACUGGUGAGGUCUUGUCAUUCAUUGUGUUUUUCGUCAUUCUUCAUUGGUGGAAAUUUGAUGCAUGUCUUGUAUCUUCUUUGUACUUUCUUGCUUUAUUGGAAGCAUUGUUUUUCAGCGGAGUUGAGUGAAUGAACGAGAGGAUGGAGGUGUUUCUGGUGUUGACUUUUGGUCGGCUGGUGAUGAGAGUGUGAUUUCUGUGGCUGUAAUGUGGAGAUCGAAAUAAACAUGGAUUUCUGAAA